AUGUCGUCUUCAUCACGCAAAGCUCACUUCAUGCACACCAACGCCGUUUACUGGCCCAACUUCCGCGUCUACAAUGGGGACACACCGGGUCAGCUGAACUAUGGCUGUAUCAACCGCGUUCACUACGCCUUCGCCAAUGUGACGGCCGAUGGGGGCGUAUUUCUCAGUGACGAGUGGGCCGACGCUCGGGCACCCUGUGAUGGUGUCCAGGGCGCCUUGGGGUCAUUUAUGCAUCUCAAGCAGAGAUACCGCCAUCUACAAGUCGUCCUCUCGAUUGGGGGCGGCGACUCGGCCGAGACUUUUCCCAUCGUAGCAUCUAGUGCCGUCCUCCGAGACAACUUUGCUCGCUCAGCGCGAGGCCUUGUCGAAGCCUCGGGCCUCGACGGCAUCGACAGUAAGUUUGAAAUCUCCAAGACACUCAUCUUUCCGAAGUCCACGUUGUUAAUCGAUUCAGUUGUCUGGGAGUACCCGUGCACCCCGGAACAGGGGAGGGACUUCCUCGCGCUGGUCGCGGCGAUCCGCAUCCACCUUCCCGAAGACCGCUACCUGCUCACUGCCACUCUCCCGGCCGUGAAGCCGGUCCUCCAGAACAUCGACCUCCGCCAAACCGCCGAGUACCUCGACACGCUCAACCUGACGGCCUACGACUUCUUCGGUCACUGGACCCACAAGAGCGGCCACCACGCACAACUAUACGCGAUGAACAAGGACGAGCCGUCGGGAGCCGCGGGGGUGAAGGACCUCAUGUCCUCCGGCGUACCAGGGAAGAAGAUCCUGUUGGGAAUCCCACUUUUCGGCCGCAGCUUCCUUGGCGUCGCCGGGCCGGGCCACAAGAACCGGGGUGCCGGCGGCAAGGACGGGUCCUUUGAGUACAACCAACUACCACGCAAAGGGACCAAGGAGCAGGUCGACAAGCGGGCUGUGGCGGCCCAGUGUAAGGGGCUCGGGGGGCUCUUCUACUGGAGCGCGCCGUGCGAUGCGAAAGACUCUAAACGGAGUCUCAUCGCAACGGGCUUUAAGGCUCUGCACAGCUCUUGA